UAUGCUCUUGGCAUAGUGGUAGCUGCAACGAAGGCAUCUAAUGGACUUCCUCAGCCUGGCGAUGAGUAUGACUUCUACCGAAGUUUCCCUGGCUUCCGAGCGUACUGUGAAACACAGGGUGACUGUCUCCUUCACUGUAUGAGCAGGGUGAUGCGAUACCAUGGCUGCCAUAGCCACAUGAAAGAUCACAGUAAAGUGACAGAUCUGGAUGAUAGAUUUGAUCUGCUGGUUGACUCCAACGAUGUUAUUCUUGAAAGAGUGGGUAUUUUAUUGGAUGAAGCAGCAGGAGUGAACAAAAACCAGCAACCAGUCCUCCCUGCUGGGUUACAGCCCCCACAGACGAUUGUUUCCAGCUGGAACCGCAGGGCAGCAGAAUCCCACAAGAGAAGUCAAACUGAAACCUUCCGGCUGCUUCAUGCUAAGAAUAUCUCUCGACCACAGCUGAAGUUUCGGGAGAAGAUUGACAAUUCCAAUACUCCAUUUGUACCUAAGCUUUUUAUCAAGCCAAAUGCUUUGAAACCUUUGCCUGAAGCCCUCACAAAAAAUGGACGGGAACGAAAGGAGCGCCCCGAAGACUUGGAUGUACCAGCUGCUUUGGCAGACUUCAUACACCAGCAGAGGACGCAGCAAACUGAGCAAGACAUGUUUGCUCACCCUUACCAGUAUGAACUGGAGCAUUUUUCUCCACCAGAUGGAGUUCUCAAGAAACCAGAACCCCAGAUGUACAGGCCCAUCAAGGAAACACCCUGUCAUUUUAUCACCACACUGGAUGAGCUGGUAGAACUAAAUGAAAAGCUUAUGAACUGUAAAGAAUUUGCUCUGGACUUAGAGCACCAUUCCUACAGGAGCUUCCUGGGCUUGACAUGUCUGAUGCAGAUUUCCACCCGAACAGAAGACUUCAUUAUUGAUGCACUGGAAUUGCGCAGCAACAUGAACAUUCUCAACGAGACGUUCACAGACCCUGCGAUUGUGAAGGUCCUUCAUGGUGCCGAUUCAGAUGUGGAAUGGCUGCAAAAAGACUUUGGUCUGUACUUGGUGAACAUGUUUGAUACUCACCAAGCUGCUCGUCUCCUCAAUCUUGGCAGACAUUCUUUGGACCACUUGCUAAAGCUGUAUUGCAAUGUAGAUGCUGACAAGCAGUACCAGCUGGCUGACUGGAGGAUACGCCCUUUGCCAGAAGAAAUGAUUCAGUACGCCCGUGACGACACUCACUACUUGCUCUACAUCUAUGAUAAAGUGAGGGAGGCACUGUGGGAGAGAGGGAAUGAGCAGCCCACUCAGUUGCAGGUUGUGUGGCACCGCAGCAAGGACAUCUGCCUGAAGAAAUACAUCAAGCCCCUCUUUUCAGAUGAAUCCUACCUUGAGCUCUACAGGAAGCAGAAAAAACAUCUCGACACACAGCAGCUAGCGGCAUUUAGGUUGCUGUUUGCAUGGAGAGACAAGAUUGCACGUCAAGAGGAUGAGAGUACAGGAUACGUGCUACCAAAUCAUAUGCUAUUGAAGAUAGCAGAGGAACUGCCAAAAGAACCCCAGGGCAUCGUUGCUUGCUGUAAUCCAGUCCCACCACUAGUUCACCAGCAGAUUAAUGAAUUGCAUCUUCUCAUUCAGCAGGCCCGGGAGAUGCCUCUUCUCAAGUCGGAGAUUGCUGUGACAGUCAAGAAGAGAGAACCUCCAGUCAGCCCUGAGAGGCUGGAGAAUACCUUCUUUGGACCACAUGACAGUUCCCGGAUUCCUGUGGAUGAUUUUCGGAACAACUCAGCCUUAGACAGUAAGGAGACAAUGGAUAUUCAGUAUGUUCAGCCAGAGUCAACGUGUCUUGUUGCUACAGCCACUGUCAGCAUAUUCAGUGAACGUGACGAAGAUGAAGGAAAGAAGGCCUUAACCUCUGCACAGCAGAAAGCCCAGCGUAUAAUGGAGUCCUUUGAAAAUCCAUUUCGAAUGUACCUACCUUCAGAACAGAAUUCUGCAUAUGUCUCACAAUCUGCAAAGUUUGACCCAUCAUCAAAAAUUUAUGAAAUCAGCAAUCGAUGGAAGUUGACUCGGACAGGAGUACGGAAGGAGUCCAAGGAUGAAACUAAAAAGAAAGCAGCCCAGCAGUCAGCUGCUCGUGACCAGGCACAGAAGGUGUAUAAAGAGGCAACAGAAACUAUUGUGUCUGUUCGUCAGCAAGCUGUGCAGGAACAAGCUAACAAGAAGAGGGGGAGAGUCACGAGUGAAACGGGAGCAGAGUUGCCAAAACAAGAGAAGAAACGGCCAAAACCCUCCCAGCAACCAGAGGAGCUGGAAGCAGCGAAGCAGUUUACCCCCUUUGAUUACAGCAAGUCCAACUUCAAAGUGUUUGCGGGAAGCAGCAAGUCGAAGCAGUCGCCACAAUUUGAUCCUGCCAAGCAAACUUACACAGGCAAGAAAUUUGCUGGAGCUAACAAACUGCACCAAUCUGGAAACCGAAGCAUGUCCUACCUGGCCGGGAAAGCUGAUCGGGGUUCCAAGCACCACUGGCCAAAGAGAUAGUCCUCAUCACAGGACCUGCGGGAGUUGCUGUGAACGAAACAAUAGUCAGAAGUAUUGUCACCAUGAGAAGGCAAAUACUGGUCAUUGAGCAGUUUUUGUACAGAAAUGUUUUUAAACCCAUUAAACCCCUUUUUUUCUGAAAGGAAAAACAUCUU